CCGUCUACAGUCCACAGGCUGGAAUUGGCAGCUUCCUGCUGACUCUGGGGUCUUUCUGCAGAUAGCAGCUUCAAGUUAGCUUUCAUCCUCCUGUGCAGUAUGGGGCCAGCGCGGCGAACUCUGGAACUGUUCUACGACGUUCUGUCCCCGUACUCCUGGCUGGGCUUUGAGGUCCUAUGCAGGUACCAACACCUCUGGAACAUCAAGCUGCAGCUGCAUCCUGCUCUCAUUGCUGGGAUCAUGAAUGACAGUGGAAACAAACCACCAGCUUUGGUUCCCCGAAAAGGCCAAUACAUGAACAAAGAUAUGCUUCUCCUGGGGCAACACUUCCAGGUUCCCCUCAACUUACCCAAGGAUUUCUACAAUGUGAUUCUUAAGAAAGGAAGUCUAAAUGCCAUGCGCUUCCUCACCGCUGUGAGCAUGGAGCAACCAGAGCUGCUGGAGAAGGUGUCCAGAGAGCUAUGGAUGCGUAUUUGGUCUCGAGAUGAAGACAUCACGGAGUCCCAGAGCAUCCUGGCUGCUGCAGAGAAGGCAGGAAUGUCACCAGAGCAAGCCCAACACUUACUGGAAAAAAUCUCCACAGCACAGGUGAAGAACAAGCUCAAAGAGACCACUGAUGCGGCCUGCAGUUAUGGGCUGUUCCAGUGGAGUUUGCUGUCUCAGGUCUUCUCUGGAUCAUGUCGCUGGAUCAGUCUUGCUCCACCAAUGUCCCAGGACUGGAUUGGCUCCCAGCUUCUGCUCCCAUGGAGCUUGCUUCCUCAGGCCCACUCCAGCCAAGGUAGCUGGUUCAGUCCCACUCCUGUGGAAUUUGUUGCCUCAAUCCUGCUCCAGCUCAAGGUCCUUCCUCUCUCUUCUCUUCCAUGAUCCCUGCAACUGUUGGGUUCCACAGUCAUCUUUACCCAGGUUCACUAUGGUAUAAACUCAGAAGUACAUCUCAAAUGGACUAUUCUCUUCUGCAAAGAAGUCGUAUAGAACAUACAGCUCAUGUAAAAUAAAAAAUGAAACACUUUGGGCUGGAAAGAUGGCUCAGUGGUUAAGAGCACUGGCUGCUCUUCCAAAGCUCUUGAGUUUAA